AUAUCGAUGAAGAAGAUGAAGAUGAAAAAGAGAACGAUGACUUUCCUGCUGUCAAAGCUGGUGGUCGAGGCAAAGGAAGGAAAGGCACCGUCCAAUCCGGCGGUAUUGUUAAGAAGACCGGUAGCAACGAAGAUAAAGCAGGGAAGAAAGAACUCCCUCAGAAGAUACUGGAACCUGAAGACUGGAGGCCGUCUCCAGAGGAAUACAAGAAAAUGUCAAGUAAAGAAAAGAGACAGCUCCGAAACAAGAUUAGUGCUAGAAAUUUCAGAGUCAGGCGAAAGGAGUAUAUCUCAACGCUUGAGGGCGAUAUUGCUGAGAGGGACAGCCUUAUCGACGCCAUUCGCACAGAGCUCGGAUCCAGCAAGUCUGAGAACAUAGCUUUGAGACAAGAAAUCACCGCGUUGAAAAGAGCCCUGCUCGAUGGUCGUGGCCUAUCAGAAACACCUGUUUUACCUCCUCCUGCUCCUCUGCCAGCGGUCUCGGCUGCAAUCACUCACCAGGAGAAGCAGGCUCAGCAGUCGUCGCCUCUCAUUACCGCAAAUACUCAGAAAGAUCUUCCCACAUCACCUCGUCUGGGCGCUCGUGCAUUUUGGGGUGGUAUGGGAGCUGGUCUUGGUGGCGGCGGCGUUACGCCGGUGCAUACCACGUUUGUGCCCCCUCUCACAGUAUCUAGUGUUUUGGCUGGCAAGGCUGGCGCUCCCAAGAAACCCUCAGUUUUGCAGGAAAAUAUUAACCCUGCGAUGAAUCCCAGUGGCAACUUGGGCCAGAAUGGAAUUGAGAAGAAGGGUGGAUUGGGUGUUGGCGCUCCUGCAGGUGGUUUCGACUCCUUUACGGAGAUGAAUCCAUUCACGCUGAAAACUCUUGAUGCUUACAGGAUGCAGCUUUGGGGAAAGAUGGCAGCCCAACAACACGCCCAACAACAUUACCAGCAACACCCGACGACGCCACCUCACUCGCCACCUCUCACUGGUCUCGCGAGUGGUCUUCGUCCACAUUAUUUCACCUCAUCCAAGGGUCAAUCCACGAUCUUGUCUGGCAAGAAUGCUUACCCUACACCACCCAACUCGCCUCCACUUUCCAGCAGAUCCUUGCCGUAUUCCUCGUCUGCAUCUGCGGCUACAAAAGAGCAGCAGCAGCAUGCUAUAUACGCUGCCAUUGCAAGUCAGACGUUGCUCGGUCGAUUGGGUUCCGCUUUCUGGGAUGCCUUCUCUGGUUCGACUGGUCCAAGCAAUAAUGGUGGACGUGUAACUCCCUCGUGGGAUGCCGAGAAGGUCCGCAAAGUGCUAGAAGGCAAAGCCGUGGUUAAGGUCGUAGAUGUUGAUGGCUCUGCGCUGGCGCCAAAGGUGCCCGUCGCGACUCCUCGCCCUAUAUCACGAUCGACUUCACCGAUUUGUCCUAGAGCGAGGUGUACAGAGACGCUGACGGAUAUCCUGGAGGAAAGCAUGAGAAGCUUAACGUUGAACAAGAAGUAAGGGGCUACUAAAUGCUCAUGUGGAUUGAACUAGUUACUGGUGGAAAUGUAAAUAACUCUCUUUUCUUUCUUUUUACUGUCUUAAGCUCCCCUAUUCUUUGCUCACUGUUGUGACGGCUGAGCGCUCACACUCUCAUUCAUUCAGUAUAAUUCUUCUCUUUGUUUUUCAAUGGUUUCGAGUCGAUUUGGGAGUGGCUUUUUGCCUUGUUGCACACCUCCACUCUUAAAAUCGACGUCUGUGAUAGAAUGAAUACAUAUAAUAAACCUCCUCUCAGCUUGUCCAUAUCGCUUCCCUUCGUUUAUGCGUACUUUACCAAGCAUUUCUCCUGCUAGUCUUCGAGCCCAUUCCUUGAUGAAAUUUCUACUAUACAAGUAUGUCUUCCUAUUUAUUGAUUAUAUCGUUGCGCGUUCCCUUAGUUAUACUUGCUUUUUUGUCGAAACUUUCUCGUGUACUGAUAUACAUAUAGCCGCUUGGGUUUGCGAUAGUUUGUUGUUUAUAAAUAGUCGAUACGUAAUGUAUUCGUGAAAUAGAACAUUUCUACUACU